CACGACCAACGCCACAUCACUUGCUUCUCGACAGUACCCCAAAUUUCACCACUGUUCGGACUCCCACUACCCUUCCCCUCCCAAAAUUUAGCUCUUGAGCGAUCUUUGCUCGUUUAUGUGACAGUGCUCAAACUCACUUCCAUCUCUCAAUCUAACUAUGGAAGCUCAACACCACCAGGAGAGUCCGAAAUGGGAGACCGCCCCUGAGCUUGAUCCCAAAUACGACGACUACCUGGGAGACUUCCCCACGGUCGCCCACAUCGGGGAACCCCGCGAUGCCGAGAGGGGCUACGCUGGCCAUCUCAAUGACAUGCAGAAGGCCCAACUCUUUCAGCUCCGAUCCUUGCUGGAGGCCGAAGGACACACCGAGCGCCUGGACACUCUGACUAUGCUCCGCUUCCUGCGUGCCCGCAAGUUUGACGUCAACCUGACGAAGCAAAUGCUCAUCGAGUUCGAGAGCUGGCGGAAAAAGUCUCUCCUCGAUGCUCUGGUGCCCACCUGGGACUAUGACGAACGCGAGGCAAUGUUGAAGUACUACCCUCAGUACUACCACAAGACCGACAAGGACGGCCGCCCGCUUUACAUCGAGCACCUGGGCGGGAUCAACCUCACCGCCAUGCGUUCAAUCACCACCGACGAGCGCAUGCUGGACAAUCUCGCGGUCGAGUACGAGAAGUGUGCCGACCCCCGUUUCCCUGCCUGCUCCCGCCAGGCUGGACAGCUCGUCGAGACCUGCUGCACCAUCAUGGACAUGAAGGGCGUCUCUCUCGGCAAGGCCAGCCAGGUGUACGACUACAUCAACAAGGCCUCCGUUAUCUUGCAAAACUACUAUCCCGAGCGUCUUGGGAAACUCUACAUCAUCAACGCCCCGUGGGGCUUUUCCACCGUCUGGAGCUUCGUCAAGGGCUGGCUCGAUCCCGUCACCGUCAACAAGAUCCACAUCCUGGGCGGAGGCUACCAGAAGGAGCUACUUGGCCAGAUCCCCGCUGACAACCUGCCUGUCGAAUUCGGCGGUAAGUGCGUUUGCGCCGAAGGCUGCCAGAACAGCGACGCUGGUCCUUGGAGGGAUCCCCAGUGGAAGCUGGAUGCCUGGUGGGAGAAGACAGAUGCCAUCGAGAAGGCUAACGUGGCGUUGAAAGGCACGGCCAAAGACCCUGCGCUAAGAAACAAGAGUAGAUAG